AUGUCUCCUGAGAUCCCCAGUAUAUAUUCAUUUACAGAUUGUGGAAACAGGCCUAAGGUUAAGAACUUCCAACGCGGCGUUCGGAUUAUUGGGGGACAUCACACCCAAGCCGGAGCCUGGCCCUGGGCAGUGAGCAUCCAGCACGGAAAUGGGAAGGAUUAUACACAUUUCUGUGGUGGCUCCAUUUUGAAUGUCAAAUGGGUCCUAACGGCGGCGAGCUGCUUCACCAAAUAUAAAAAUUCUCUCAACACGUUGAGACUGGUAUUUGGAGCCCACCAUCUCGCUCGAUUGGGUCCAGAAGUCCAGUUUGGAAAGAUUAAACAGCUGAUAAUCCAUGAAAACUACUCCCCUAUAGAAAGGCCAACUCAUGACAUUGCUCUGGUUGAGCUGGAAGCGGCCAUCAAAUAUAAUGACUACACCCAGCCGGCCUGUAUACCGGCUAUAACGGUUAACGUGGAGGAAAAGGACGACUGCUACGUAUCAGCUUGGGGUUUUCUGAACGAAUCACCGACAGAAACUUUAACUAUCAUGCAAGAAGCCCAAGUGAAUAUUAUCCCUAAAAAGACGUGCAAUAGCAAGCAAUGGUAUAAAGGCAAAAUCAAAGACUUCAGCCUGUGUGCCCAUUAUACGUCAGAGAAUAGCGACAGCUGCCUGGGUGAUGUAGGAGGCCCUCUUACAUGCAGGAGAAUAGAUGCUUAUACCUAUAUGGUGGUUGGAAUAGCAGGCUCGGGAUAUGGCUGUCCCAAAGAGAAGCAGCCUCAUGUUUACACCGCUACCCAACACUACAUUGAGUGGAUUGGUGUCAAGAUCUACGGCGACAAAAACACACAAGUGAAAGUCGAAAGGUCAAAGAGGUCUGAACCACAACUGAUCUCUUUUCCCCAUUUAAUUACUCAGUCGCCGACAACAGAGGAUCAAGUUACCUUGUUCCCGUUACAGACAACUCCAUUUUUACAAACCAAAAAACUGAAGCGAUACCUGGCUAAUGCAUUUGAGCUUAAAGCAGCCGCUCAGUUUAAAACAACGGUAAAUCCAAAUGAAGAUCCAGCGAGUUCUAUUCAGAAUCCUAGUGCACCAACACCUCUGCUAGAUAGCCAACUUUUUGUGGAUACAAGUCCAGCUCAGAAUGUCCAGGUUACACCAACACCAGAACCUGCAUUCGUGGACCUGCUCCAAUCCUUAUGGCACAGUUUGAUGAAAAUGUACAGACAUAUAAUUGCAUAUGUACGCGGACUCACUAAUGGACACCAAGCAGACUUCAGCUAAGUGGCAGUCUAUACCUGUUUUGGUUGUCCUGCUCUUCUGUAAUAAUGAUAAAGAUCUACUGUGCUCUCAGUGACGCCACUGUGUAGGGAGGGAAGGGUGGUUUGACCACAGUGGCCUGAGAGCACCAUGGCAAUCUUAAUGAACAAGUACAGCUGCCCAUAAGACUAACGACUUGCUAAAUAAAGGUGGCAAUAAAUGGGCCAACCGACCGAGUGGUCUGUGCUCCAAAUGGACAGAUUCUAUAAGAAGAUCCAUACAGUUGUUUGUAUUUUUCUUUUUUUUGUAUAAGUACAGAUGAUGGAAUUCCCCUAUUUUCACUUAUUUAUUGUUUAAAUAAAGUUAUUCAAACU